AUCAAGGCAGCCCUGUAACAUAUGAACUAAACAACAAUAAAAAUUUGACCGGCUGAGUUAAUAUAAACAUAGACGCUAGAAAAUUAAAGUUUUUUUCACACAAUGGAAAUUGUAAAUCCUUGCUUUUCAGUCCUUUCCAACUACGAGGUAAUGGAGUCGCUGAAAACUCUUAAGGACACGAAGAAGAAGCAAGGAUUGCGGAAUUUAGCUACAAUCACUUAUGAGUCAUUACAAUACCUGGAGGAUUCACCAUGUAAGCAACAAUCUCGGGAGACCAUUCAUGCCUUUUUAACUAAAGUGCGGCAGCUAACCUGCAAAUUGACAACCACAGAAUGCUUAAUGAUUGUCAACGAUCCACCCACUAGUGCAUUGCACAUUCAACUGCUAAUCGAAGACAGUGAAGAACGCUUAACUGAGGAGCAAGUGAAUGAACUUUUACAAAUUGUUGCUAGGCACUUUCCCAAUAUAUCCAGUGAAAACAGUUGAAAAUAAACAAUUAGCAUUUUUUUAUGUAAA